AUGCAUAACUACCGCGCAUCGCUUGCGUCUACACGAUCUAGGCUGUCUAUGCACCCGCGAGGGCGCGAGUCCAUAUUUGCGAGUGAUCCAUAUCGUGGCGACGAACCCAGUGGCUUUGCCUUCAGUGAAAGCCUGAGAGAAUGCGUGCUAUCCAUGGAGGAUUGUUGCGAAGAGAUGAACGAGGUCCAACAUGCCUUGAGGAAAGGGACCUACGAUCUACCUCGCAUGACUCGUGUGCUUGACCAUGAACGUGUAUUUACACUAGUUGGAGAGAGUACAGUGCGAAGAUACAAGGCGGAUGUCGUCGAAGAGGUCGAGCCGCAGAUCAAUGAGCUCAUCUCUCGCGCGCAAAAGGGAACGCACGCGCUACAGACAAGACAAAGCCUUAUGCAGGAUAAGGUCGAUGAAGCACGUAACCGAGCUAGCAAACCUGCUGUGAACGUCAAUAAACAAGAGUCUCGACAGCUGUAUGUCCUGGAGAAGAACCGCGAACAACUGGAGAAAGAGCUAGCAAGGUUGCAGGCCGAAGUAGUCGAAUUGGAGUCGAGGCAAAGGCGAUAA